UAUCCACAAAAAUCCCCAUAUCCUUCUCAAAUAAGGAUGCCACCAUUACAGUGCCAUUUAGUCUAUAACGGGCAGUAACUUAUGUUAUUUCUACCAAACUGCAUAACCUUGCACUUAUCAACUCUAAACCUCAUAUGCUGCACAUUAUUUAGGUAUGUCCAUUUAUAUUUUAGCUGAUUUAAAAAUAGAAACAUACAUUAAAAUGAUGUACAUGUGACCAAGAAGUAUGGCAUCUUGGAACUAAAUCUCAUGUUAUAAGCUUAUAACCCGCAGAACUGUGCACUUCAAUUUUCUUCACUAUUCUUCUCAUACUAGAAACAUAUGGCACAAGGCAACCAGACUGUUAUAAAUGGAUUUAUAUUAUUGGGAGUCGCCAAUGGUCCAAAGACUGAAUUAUUUCUCUUUGCACUUUUUUUCCUAAUUUAUAUGAUUACAGUUUUUGGGAAUAGUUUUAUCAUAUUCUCAGUUAUUUUUAUUUCUACCCUUCACAGACCAAUGUAUUUCUUCCUGGGACACUUAGCGUUUUCCGACCUUUGCUAUUCCACUGUUGUCACUCCCAAAAUGCUGCAUGAUAUUGCUUCUGAGAGCAAAUCAAUCACGUUUGCUGGAUGUGCCGCGCAGCUCUAUUUCUUUGCUGUGUUUGCUAGCAUUGAAUGCUAUAUGCUCUCUGCCAUGGCGUAUGACCGAUAUGUGGCGAUAUGCCAGCCUCUCUUGUAUGCAGUUAUAAUGAAUAGAAAGGUUGUUAUUAUUUUUGUGGUUGGAGUAUACCUCAGUGGGAUCUUUACUGCAAGUAUUCACACAGCCUGCACUUUAACUUUGUCUUUUUGCGGCCCCAAUACAAUCAACCAUUUCUACUGUGAUAUCCCACCACUAAUGGAACUCUCCUGUUCUGAUACAUAUAUUCAUAAAACUGUUAUAUUUGUUGUUGUUUUCUGCCUGGGAUUGUUUAAUGUAGCCGUUAUACUGGCCUCUUAUUCGUAUAUAUUUUUUACAAUUAUUCAUAUCCAGUCAUCUUGUGGUAGACACAAAGCCUUUUCCACCUGUUCCUCCCACCUCUUAUGUGUGUCCUUAUUUUAUGGAACUGUUUUCUUUAUGUACCUUCGCCCAGCAUCCAAAUAUUCUGUUAGUCAAGACAAAGUGGUCUCUGUGUUCUACACAAUGGUAAUACCAAUGAUGAACCCGAUCAUCUACAGCUUACGAAAUGUUGAGUUAAAAAAUGCUAUUAUAAAUACUAGCCUGUCGUUACUAUGCUAUUUUAGCUUUUCAGAGAAACCCCUUGGUGGGUGGUCGUUACACUGGCCUCUUAUUUUCUUUAUGUACCUUCGUCCAGCAUCCAAAUAUUCUGUUAGUCAAGACAAAGUGGUCUCUGUGUUCUACACAAUGAAACAAAAUACUACCCUAAAAGUAUGGGUCCAUGUAAAGAUGCAGCCAUCAAACACCCCCAAAACUGAGGCGAUCCAGAGCUACACUCUAAUUAAAUGGGCCAUCGUUGCUGUCCUAGAUGUAGAAUCUCGGUUGCAAAGCUACGUAGAAACCUAUGGUUUCUGCAGAAAUUUAAAGGUAGAAAUUGACAGUCAUAAAAGGCAUAAAGGGACCGAUUCAAAAAAGGUUUGUCUGCGGUGA